CUAGUAGUACCUUGAUUUCCCUCUCCUUCAUUAAACAAAAGAUUACAUGGGGAAUUGCUUUGCUCUUGAGGAGAGAGAAGUGAUCAAAAUCAUGAGAGUGGAUGGCAAAAUCCUCCAAUAUAAACCACCCAUGAAGGUUCACCAAGCACUAGAAAAGUUUCCGAACCAUGCGAUCUCUGAUUCGUUCUCCACCGUGCGUUAUCUCAACCCGUCAACCAAUAUGAGAGGCGGGCGGCUGUACUAUCUUCUACCUCUGAAGAAAACGCCAAUAACUGAAGCUGUAUUCGAAGACGGUGUGAUCAGAAUCAAAUUAGUUAUUACUAAGCAGGCAUUAAAAGAUAUGCUAAGAAAAGAGAUUAUAUCUCUGGACGAUGUUAUCUCUCUUUGCCAAAGAGAAUCACGAGAAACUGCCAAGAGCGACGAAAAAGGUUGCGCGGGGUGGCAACCAGCUCUCCAAAGCAUACCAGAAGGGAAUGAUUUCUUGUAAGGGCUUUACAUAUGUUUGUGAAAAGAAAUUAAAGAGAUUGUACAAUAUUUUAUAGUCCAUGUACUACAUAGAGAUGUAGCUAAGCUAGGCUUAAAGUUUUUUCUCUUAAAGAUUAUUGUGUAAAAGAAAAGUAUAGAGAGCAUACUAUUGUUCUUAUGUCAAAGGUUUUGUUCAUGAGAUAUUAAUAAUGUUUA